GAUCAGUUCAUGUCGCCGCUUGGUGCAGGACGGGUUGUUGUCGUUAAACUUUUUCUAUCUCGUGUAUUUAAACAAUGGUUGCGUCUAAGGCUUAACGUUAAAAUUACCACUGUUUCAUAAAAAUCAUAAACCUAUGCAUAUAUUGUUAGAGGCUAUAUAUGUAUAUGCAUGUAUGUAUACGUACGAUGCAUAAGCACAUUAUAAACUUUUAGUUCGAUAAUAUGAACAUAAACAAAAGAUGAAUCGUGAAUUAUAAGGUGAAAAAAUAAAUAUAAAGUUUUGUGAUUUUCUGUGAAAAUUUUGAGUUUUGAAUUGCGAGCAGUGGUGUAUGCGACUUCGACGAGAAUUCUCUGCCAUUUGUUUUUUUGUUUUUUUUUUAUUUGAGAUGCCUGUACUAUACCGGUCGCCGUCAGUGAGGUACACGCGGGGAUAAAAUGGCGCUUGGCCUCAUCCUACGCGCAUCUCUAUCGACCGUGACAAAUUAUUCAGUGGAGUAAAGCAAUCCGUGGAGUUUUUAGGAGAAUUUUGGGGAAAUUUUUGUUGUGGCGAAUAUGAGAAGAGCAUUGUGAGGAAGAUAAAUCAAAGAUUUCGCCGUAGUGAAAAUUGAGGAGGUAGAAAGGCUGCAAUAAAUGAAUUGUUGAAUUUUGGAUGUUUUGGAGUAUCCUUUGGUGAAUCACCGAUUUGUUCAUGAUCUACUAAUCUCAGAGGUUUACAUCGAGGAAUUAAAUCAACAAAAAUGACCGCAAAUAGCCGAUAAAUGCCAAAUAAGAGCAAAGGAAAUUUUUUGCCAGUAAUAGAAUUUAGGAGGAUCACUCAUGUUCAAAUAAUUAGUAGAAAGAAACCGGAUAAGAGAAAGAGGAUGCGGCGUAUCACGUUUCGCUAGUGAAUAACGACGUAUCUACGAAAAAGAACCUUCCAGUGUUUUGUGUACUCAUUAUUACUUAAUAUUUUCUUCAAUCUACUAUAUGAGGUCGGUACAUGGCCAAUGGACAGAGUGGAAGGGGGAAUAUAAAAGUGUCUCAAACAGUAUUGAGGUACUGCUGAAGCAGCAGCUGAAGUGGACGAUGUGGAAGUAUGAGUGAAACCCGUUGAUCCAUUAAAAGGACCAGCGGGGAGACCUGGUUUUAUCCAGUGGUCUUCCUCCAAUAUUGGGCAUUCCCAGAAGUUGUUGUGGCUAAAGUCCUGUGAACUACACGGGUGAAUAUGGCGAGGUGGAGACUCAUCGCAACUUGUGCUACUAUCAUCGUUACUGUACUGAUCAGUUGUAUGAAAGCAGAACAAGUUGUUCUAUUGGACACAACAACCGAGGAAAUUUUGGACUGGACGAAAUAUCCUUACGGACCUCAAGCAACAACGCCUGGGUGGGUAGAAGAAUCGUUCACUAACUUUGAUAAAGGUAUCAACUGGCGAAGUUACGUAGUCUGUGAUGUUGCCUACAAAAACGUCAACAACUGGCUGUGGACACCGUUCGUCGAUCGUGGCCCAGCCAAUCGUAUGUACAUUGAGAUUAAGUUCACCACGAGAGAUUGUUCGUUGUUUCCUGGAAAUGCUCUAAGUUGUAAGGAGACCUUUUCGUUAUUAUAUUACGAAUUCGAUGCUGCGACAAAAGAACCACCGCCAUGGGAGCCUGAAAGUUACAAAUUGAUUGGUCGAAUCGCCGCCGGUGAAGGUCGCUUCAACUCCAACACGGAAGUGAUAAUAAACACAGAAGUCAAGUCAAUCCCCGUAACGAAAAAAGGAGUGUACUUUGCAUUUAGAGAUCAGGGAGCUUGCAUAUCGAUAUUAGCCAUAAAGGUGUACUACAUCAGUUGCCCUGAGAUAUCUGUUAACUUCGCCCACUUCCCAGCGACACCAACUGGCCGUGAAGUAACCCUAAUCGAGCAAGCGAGUGGCACAUGUGUUGAGAAUGCUGUGAAAAUUGAUCAGCCAACAUUUUUGUGCAAAGGUGACGGAAAGUGGUACCUUCCCUCCGGCGGUUGCCAUUGCAAACCAGGUUAUCAGGCUGAUGUUGAAAAGCAACAAUGCAUCGAGUGUCCACUUGGAAAAUACAAGCAUGAAGCCGGUUCGGAAUCUUGUGAGAAGUGUCCGGCGCACAGUACAGCCACGAGUUAUGCACUGAUUGAAUGUCGGUGUGACGACGGCUACUACAGAGCCCCCAAGGAUCCCAAGAGCAUGCCCUGCACACAACCACCGUCAGCACCACAGAAUUUGACAGUUAACUUCGUAGAUCAGUCUACUGUAAUUCUAUCAUGGAAUGCACCAUAUGUUCUUGGUGGAAGAACAGAUACCACGUACAGAGUCGUGUGCGACGCCUGCAGUACAGGCGUUAAAUAUAUUCCGAACACCGAAAUUUUCAAUGACACGAAAAUUACGAUAACUGGACUAAAUGCUGUGACGACAUAUCGUUUUCAAGUUUUCGCUGGAAAUGGAGUUUCUCCACUAACUAAGCACUACGAAUAUGUAGAUAUUACGGUGACUACUGAGGCUAGUGUACCGAGUCUCGUGAGCAAUGUGAGAAUUACCAAUGUCAAAGCGACUGAAUUGAGCAUAAGUUGGGAUGCACCAAUCACUGAACUCACUGGAGAUAGUGAUUUAGUGGAGAAAUAUGAAGUGAGGGCAUAUCCGCGAUUCGACGAUGCUACAAAUGCGACAGUACUCCAAACUCACGAUUUAUCAGCAACCUUCAAAGGUUUUAAACCUGGUACUGAUUAUGCGAUUCAAGUGCGUGCUAAAACAACUCGUGGAUGGGGAGAAUAUACUCCGGUCAUUUACAAGAAGACUAUUCAUGCCAUGGGACUAGAUUAUGUCGGAGACGAUGAUAAUAUGCAAGUACGAAUUAUUGCGGGUGCGAUUGUUGCUGUCGUCGUCUUACUCGUGAUAAUUAUCAUCAUGACCGUACUAUUUCUUAGAAGCAGGGCCUCGGACGAGUGCAACAAGAAACAGCCUAGUGACUGUGACACUUUGGAAUAUCGAAAUGGUGAAGGACUAGUUGUGACCUACAUGCACUGCAAAAUGGACAGUUCACCGAUUGUGACAACCCAUACCAACAACAAGAGCAAGUCCUCGCUGACAACGCCAUUGUUCACGCCUGCAGUGGGAGUCACAUCAGCAGGAGCUGGAGGUACUGGGGGUGCAGGUGCAAGAAGCUACGUAGAUCCUCACACCUAUGAAGAUCCUAAUCAAGCAGUACGUGAAUUUGCGCGGGAGAUUGAUGCUGGGUACAUCACAAUAGAAGCAAUCAUUGGUGGCGGAGAGUUCGGUGACGUAUGUAGAGGAAAAUUAAAGCUUCCACCAGAUGGUAGAACUGAGAUAGACGUAGCGAUAAAAACACUGAAACCAGGAUCGGCAGACAAAGCCCGAAACGACUUCUUAACGGAAGCAUCGAUAAUGGGUCAAUUCGAGCACCCAAAUGUGAUAUUUUUACAAGGUGUUGUAACAAAGAGCAAUCCUGUGAUGAUAAUCACGGAAUUUAUGGAGAAUGGAAGUCUCGAUACGUUUUUACGUGCCAACGAUGGGAAAUUUCAAGUACUACAACUGGUUGGGAUGCUUAGAGGUAUCGCCAGCGGUAUGCAAUACCUUGCGGAGAUGAAUUAUGUUCAUCGUGACUUGGCAGCGAGAAAUGUACUUGUCAAUGCUGCUUUGGUAUGCAAAAUCGCUGAUUUUGGACUGAGCAGAGAAAUCGAGAGUGCUACAGAAGGAGCUUAUACAACUAGGGGUGGAAAAAUACCAGUGCGAUGGACGGCUCCCGAAGCAAUAGCCUUCCGCAAAUUCACAAGUGCAUCCGACGUGUGGAGUAUGGGAAUUGUAUGCUGGGAGGUGAUGUCUUACGGCGAGAGGCCGUACUGGAACUGGUCUAAUCAAGAUGUGAUAAAAUCAAUUGAAAAGGGCUACAGGCUGCCAGCACCAAUGGAUUGCCCCGAAGCCAUCUAUCAGUUGAUGCUGGACUGUUGGCAAAAGGAGAGAACGCAUCGGCCGACUUUCUCCAAUCUAACUCAGACCCUUGACAAGCUCAUCAGAAGCCCUGACACUCUUAGGAAAAUCGCCCAGAACAGGGGAACGAAUCCACUAGCUCCGGACGCAGUAGAUUUGACGCAGUUGACAUCAGUUAAUGAAUGGCUAGAAUCGAUAAAAAUGUCACGUUAUGCCCAAAGUUUCGAGAGAGCCGGGGUAACAACCCUCGAGGCAGCAGCUAGAGUAACAGUCCAAGAAUUAACCGCCCUCGGUAUCACUCUCGUCGGUCAUCAAAAGAAAAUAAUGAAUAGCGUGACAGCAUUGAGAGCCCAAAUGUCAGCGACCUCACAAGGUUUUCUCGUUUGAGAUUUGAAAAUACUCAAACAUUAAGUGCAUUUUUUAUCGAGGAAUUCCUCACAUUCCAUGACAAUUUGGAACGUUU